AUGACAGACGCAGCCGCCCACCUGACAGCUGUCGAGAGCUUUUCUAAGGACCACCCUGACAUUAGAUACAUAUCACCCUCCUCCGCAGAGUUCGGCACCGCCCGUGAAGUAUGGAACGGCUCGCGCCGCGAUCACCCACUUGCCAUUGUCCAACCGCAAUCACCAGCUGACGUCACAGCCGUGAUCAAAUUCACAAAGUCCAGCGGUAUCCCCUUCACACUUCGCUCCGGUGGCCAUAACCUGGAGGGUCUCUCUGUGGUGCAGGAUGCCUUGCUUAUCGAUCUACGCGCUUUGAAUUCGGUAACCGUAUCGGAGGAUCGGAAAUCGGCAACUGUCGGCGGUGGUAUCUUGCAAGGCGAGUUGGUAAAUGAGCUCUGGGAUCAGGGACUCGCUACUCCGACUGGAACCAUUCCAACAGUGGGAUACAUUGGCUGGGCCUCCUAUGGCGGCUACGGGCCUUUCUCAUCGCAUUGGGGUCUGGGUGUUGACCAGAUCAUUGGGGCAACAGUUGUCAAUCCCGACGGGGAAAUUAUCAAGGCCGACGAGACAAUUCUCGAGGGCAUUCGGGGCGCGGGCGGCCUUUUUGGCGUGAUUAUUGAUCUCACUAUCAAGGUGUACCCUCUUACCUAUAUUCUCUCCGGUCCCAUCAUCUUCGACUCGAGCGAUAUCGUCAAAUCCUACACAGACUUCAACACAGCCUACCACAACCUCCUAGAUACAGAAGGCCUCCCCCCACAGCUAACCCUCCAACGGGUCAGCUUCCAAUCCCCUCGCGGUCUCGCCUUUGCCGCCCUCUUCUGCUGGAGCGGCACAGACCUCGAAGAAGGCAAACAAUGGAGCGAAAAGAUCGCCGCCCUAGGCCCAGCAAAGAUGAAUAUGGUCAAACCCACCACGAUCCCAGAAUGGCUCGGCGGCGCAGGCGCACACGUUCCUAACAAGGUAUACGGGUCCAGCUGGUCGAUGAACCUAUCCACGAUCACAACCGCAGUCGCGGAAGCAAUCGCUCGUAACCUCAGCAUCCUACCCAAUGAUCCGGGUGCCAUGUUUUCUCUCCACCAACUUCGUGGGCCGUCUGCCGCACCACAGGAACAUGGUUCUGUCUUCGGGUCGAGAGAACCGCAUUACAUGCUUGAGAUUCUUGCGUACGGCGGCACGCCUGAGAAGCAGGCCGAGUCCGUGGCUUGGGGGAAGAAAAUGGCAGAUGAGGUGGAGAAGGCCGCUGCCGGGAGUAUGUUGCCUACGGCGUAUGUGUCGCUUUACGGUUCGACUCACGCUGGCUCUACGGCGCGCUGGGUUGAUAAGGUUUAUGGGGAGAAGGCUGGGGCUCUGCGUGAUAUCAAGGCGAGUUUUGACCCGGAGAAUCUUUUCAAAUUGACCGUGCCGCUGUUGGAGUAG